AUGUCUGAGAACACACACUACGACCCGUACAUUCCAUCCGGCGCGGCAUCGUCGAAUCCCUCGGGUGGAUCUGGUGUCGCCGGAAAUUCGCGUACGGCGCAGAUCCAGGCACAGAUUGACGAGACCGUUGGAGUGAUGCGCGACAACAUCAACAAAGUAAAUGAACGUGGCGAGAACUUGGACAGCCUUCAGGACAAGACCGGAUUCCGUCGUGGUGCCAACCGCGUGCGCAAGCGCAUGUGGUGGAAAGACAUGAAGAUGCGCCUCAUUAUCAUUUUUGGCAUCAUUGCGCUGUUGGCAGUGAUUAUCAGUAUGUACCUAUGCGGCUAA